AUGGGUAACUUUAGAUUUCCAGUCAAAGUCAAGCUUCCAUCCACUUUUCUCAAUGCAAGAGUUAUACGGGAUAACUUCAAGAGACAGCAGGUAGCUGAACAUGAGAUCACCACCAAGGCUCUUAAAUACAUUGCGAGAAAUACUACUUUGCCACCCAGAGCUAGAUUGGAGGCCCAAUUGCGUUUGAGUGUAAUGCCAAACUAUACUAGAAUGACUCAGGUGAGAAACAGAUGCGUUGAAACAGGCCACGCUAGAGCUGUGCUCAGUGACUUUAGACUAUGCAGAACACAAUUUAGAGAAAAGGCAAAAAGUGGAGAACUACCCGGCGUAAAGAAGGGUGUGUGGUAG